GGGUUCCCGGCUUUGUUUCUGGUUUGCUUCUCUUCUCCGUCGUGGAAAAGAUGGGGACCAAUCUGAGAUCUUGGCUUUAUCUCAUUCUUCUCUUUUUCGUCAUCGUCGGCGUCAACGCUCAGAAUCGGAGACCUAAGAAUGUUCAGGUGGCUGUUAAGGCUAAGUGGCAGGGUACUCCUCUUCUCCUCGAGGCUGGAGAGUUGAUUUCGAAAGAAUCGAAGCAGUUGUUUUGGGAGUUCACUGAUGCUUGGCUUGGUUCCGAUGGAGAUGAUGAUGAUACUGAUUGCAAAUCAGCUAGAGAUUGUCUUCUUAAGAUAUCUAAACAAGCUUCGACUCUGUUAGCUCAACCAGUGGCUUCUCUUUUCCAUUUCUCACUUACUUUGAGAUCUGCCUCCCCCCGGCUUGUGCUUUACCGUCAAUUAGCUGAUGAGUCUCUAUCUUCUUUCCCUCACGGCGAUGAUCCUUCUGCGAAUGGGUGCUGUUGGGUUGAUACUGGCUCCUCUCUCUUUUAUGAUGUUGCAGAUCUUGAAUCCUGGCUCGCAUCUUCCCCUGCUGCUGGAGACGCGGUUCAGGGGCCUGAGCUCUUCGACUUUGAUCACGUUCAUUUUGAUUCAAGAGCUGGAAGCCCAGUUGCCGUUCUCUAUGGUGCAGUUGGGACUGAUUGCUUUAGGAAAUUUCACCUCUCGCUUGCUAAAGCAGCCAAAGAGGGAAAAGUUACUUAUGUUGUUAGACCAGUAUUACCUUCGGGUUGUGAAGGCAAAACCAGACCCUGCGGUGCCAUUGGGGCAAGAGAUAAUGUUAGCUUAGCUGGCUAUGGUGUGGAGCUUGCUUUGAAGAACAUGGAGUACAAGGCAAUGGAUGAUAGUGCUAUAAAGAAAGGUAUCACUCUUGAAGAUCCAAGGACUGAAGAUCUUAGUCAAGAUGUUAGGGGCUUUAUAUUCUCAAAAAUCCUGGACAGGAAACCUGAGCUAAGAUCAGAAGUCAUGGCUUUUAGGGAUUAUCUCCUAUCAUCAACAGUAUCAGACACGCUUGAUGUUUGGGAGCUCAAGGAUUUAGGACACCAAACAGCGCAGAGAAUAGUCCAUGCCUCUGAUCCCCUGCAGUCUAUGCAAGAAAUUAAUCAAAACUUCCCUAGUGUAGUAUCUUCAUUAUCUCGCAUGAAGCUGAAUGAAUCAAUCAAAGAUGAGAUACUUUCAAACCAGAGAAUGGUUCCCCCUGGCAAGGCUUUGUUGGCUCUGAAUGGUGCCCUGUUGAACAUCGAAGAUAUGGAUCUAUACAUGUUGAUGGAUUUGGCUCAUCAGGAAUUGUCCCUGGCCAACCAAUUUUCGAAGCUUAAGAUACCUGUUGGAGCCAUACGGAAACUUCUACUAACUACCCCUCUCCCCGAGCCGGAUUCAUAUCGGGUUGAUUUCCGUUCCGUGCAUGUUAACUAUCUCAACAAUCUGGAAGAGGAUGAUAUGUACAAGCGUUGGAGGAGUAAUCUUAACGAGAUUUUGAUGCCUGCUUUCCCUGGGCAACUACGUUACAUCCGAAAGAACCUAUUCCAUGCAGUUUAUGUCAUUGAUCCAGCAACUGCCUGCGGUCUUGAGUCCAUUGACACUCUCAGAUCUUUGUAUGAAAAUCAAGUCCCUGUGAGAUUUGGGGUGAUUUUAUAUUCCACUCAAUUAAUCAAGACAAUCGAGGAGAAUGGUGGUCAAAUCCCAUCUUCUGAUGCCCAAGUUAAAGAGGACAUAUCCACUAUGGUUAUACGUCUUUUUUUGUACAUCAAGGAGCACCAUGGGAUUCAAACAGCUUUUCAGUUCUUGGGCAAUAUAAACACACUAAGGACUGAAUCUGCUGAUUCUUCCGAGGAGGACAUUGAACAGGAGCACGUCGAUGGAGCAUUUGUUGAGACAAUUCUACCAAAGGUUAAAUCACCCCCACAGGAUAUGUUGCUGAAACUGCAACAAGAGCAUACUUUGAAAGAAGCAUCUGAAGCAAGCUCCAUGUUUGUAUUUAAGCUGGGUCUGGCGAAAUUGAAGUGUUCCUUUUUGAUGAAUGGCCUUGUCUUCGAUUCUGUUGAGGAAGAAACUCUUUUAAAUGCCAUGAAUGAUGAGCUUCCUAAGAUACAAGAACAAGUUUAUUACGGCCAGAUAGAAUCCCAUACUAAUGUUUUGGACAAAUUGCUUUCGGAAAGUGGUCUUAGCCGUUACAAUCCACAGAUUAUUAGUGGAGGAAAGAACAAACCAAGAUUUGUGUCACUGGCUUCAUCGACUAGGGAAGGGGAAUCUAUGUUGAAUGAUGUUAACUACUUGCAUUCACCUGAAACUUCAGAUGAUGUAAAGUACGUGACUCAUCUCCUUGCUGCUGAUGUCGCAACGAAGAAAGGAAUGAAAUUGUUACAUGAAGGAGUCCGUUACUUGAUUGGAGGUUCCAAAAGUGCUCGUCUUGGAGUCUUAUUUAGUAGCAGCCAGAAUGCCGACCCAAAUAGCCUUCUGUUUAUAAAGUUUUUCGAAAAAACUGCUUCGUCAUUUAGUCAUGAGGAAAAGGUGCUAUACUUCUUGGAUAAACUAUGCUUGUUUUACGAGCGUGAAUAUCUGUUAAAAACAUCAGUGGAAUCAGCUAGCUCCCAAAUGUUCGUUGAUAAAGUCGCUGAGCUUGCUGAGGAGUAUGGGCUAUCUUCUAAGGCCUACCGAUCUUGUCUCGCUGAAUCGUUGGAUGAACAAUUACUUAAACGUUUGACAAAGGUCGCUAAAUUCGUUUCUUGGGAACUUGGGCUUGAAUCUGAUGCAAAUGCAAUUAUUUCAAAUGGAAGGGUGAUAUUUCCUGUCGAUGAGAGGACAUUUUUGGGCCAAGAUUUACAUCUUCUCGAGUCAAUGGAGUUCAAUCAAAGAGUAAAGCCUGUUCAAGAAAUUAUUGAAGGCAUUGAAUGGCAGGAAGUUGAUCCCGAUUUGCUGACAAGUAAAUAUUUUAGCGAUGUCUUCAUGUUUGUCUCAUCUGCAAUGGCAACACGAGAUCGUAGUUCUGAAAGUGCACGAUUUGAGGUGUUGAAUUCAGAAUACAGUGCGGUUUUGCUAGGAAAUGAAAAUGCAACUAUACACAUUGAUGCUGUUAUCGAUCCUUUGAGCCUCACUGGUCAAAAACUAGCAUCACUUCUUCAAGUUCUGCAGAAACAUGUUCAGACGAGCAUGAGGAUUGUUCUGAAUCCCAUGAGUUCCCUUGUGGACAUUCCUUUGAAGAAUUACUACAGAUAUGUCUUACCUAAUACGGACGAUUACAGCAGUACAGGCUUUGACGUAGAUGGGCCUAAGGCAUUUUUUGCAAAUAUGCCAUUGUCUAAGACACUUACCAUGAAUCUUGACGUUCCAGAGCCAUGGCUUGUUGAACCAGUAAUUGCCAUCCAUGAUCUUGAUAAUAUUUUGCUUGAGAACCUGGGAGAUACCACUACACUGCAGGCAGUUUUUGAGGUUGAAUCUCUUGUUCUUACAGGUCAUUGCGCAGAAAAAGAUCAUGAGGCUCCUCGUGGCCUUCAGCUGAUUCUGGGAACCAAAAAUAAACCGCAUUUGGUUGAUACCCUUGUAAUGGCCAAUUUGGGUUAUUGGCAGAUGAAAGUAUCCCCUGGGGUUUGGUAUUUACAACUUGCUCCGGGUAGAAGUUCUGAACUAUACGUUUUGAAAGGAGGAAAUGACGGGAAUCAAGAUCAAUCCUCGCUGAAACGUAUUACUAUCGAUGAUCUGCGUGGUAAAGUUGUUCAUCUAGAAGUAGUUAAGAGAAAGGGUAAGGAGCAUGAGAAGUUGCUAGUUCCUUCUGACGAUGAUGAUGGUGUGCAGCAAAGCAAUGAACGACGAAGCUGGAACUCAAAUUUCUUGAAAUGGGCGUCUGGUUUCGUUGGUGGUCGUCAACAAUCAAUGAAGGGAGAUUCCAAAAAAGAGCAUGAGAAGGGUGGACGACAAGGGAAAACGAUAAAUAUAUUCUCCAUCGCUUCAGGGCAUUUGUAAGAGCUAUCAUUUUUUAUCUGCUUGACCACAUAGAUUGACUUA